AUGGGCUGGGGGUCGCUGAAGGCACCGCAGAGCUGCCACCAGGAGCGCAACAGCUACACCCACUUUCGCGGCAUCAUCCGGCGGCGGCUCAUGCCGGUGGUGCUGGCGCAGCCAGGUCUGCAGCCGGGCUCUGACGUGGUGCAGGCGGGGGGCGGCUCGGCCGGCGUGCUGCUGGCAACCGAAGGGACACUCGGCCUGGCACACCUCAAGCUGGGUCCCGCCCUCGCGGCGGCGGCGGCGGGCGGCGAGGGGGCCCUGCACUUGGCAGGGGACGCGGGCGCGUGGGUGCGACCGGUGCGGCCGCAGUGGUGGCCGCCAGAGUGGGGCCAUGAGGAGGCGGGCGCGGGUGCCGCCCCAAAGGCUUGA